AAUUUUACAUUGCAGAGCGGCAAAACUACAAUAUCAAAUUAUUUGGCCGAUUCGAAUGACAUAAGCAUCCAAGAAUAUCGUCCUACUCAAGGAGUACGUAUCGUUGAGUUCGAAAGUAAUGAAUUAGAGCUAAAUGGAGAACGUAUAGAUGCUGAAGUUGAACUUUGGGACUGCAGUGGCGAUCAACGAUUUGAAAAAUGUUGGCCUGCCAUUAAGCGAGAUUCGAAGGGUGUUAUACUUGUUUGCAGACUUGGUAAAGAUGCCGGACAAUCUCUCAUACCUUGGUACUCUGAAUUUGUUGAGCGCUGCACAAUGAAUCCGAUGCAUGUUAUCGUCUUUCUUCAUCGACCUACUGAAAAAAGUAAUGAAAAUACGAUUUCAGCGUUUCGUUUACCUCUUUCAAUGAGUGGUCUUUCUGUUGUUCCAUGGAAUAUUGACCAAGAUGGCGAACAUCUGCGGCUUGAAUUCAACAGCUUUCUUUGUAAAGUAAUUUCUGAUAUGAAAUUUACUAAUGCCACUUGA